UUUAUUGGUUAGUUCUUCUGAAGGUUGUGUGUAGUGGUCGGCGUGUGGAGAGAAAGGAGGAGCUAGGGAAGGUGAAGGGGGUCUCAGGAUGGAGAGGCUGCUCCUUUGCAGGAUCCCUGGAAGGGACUUUUGUGGGUUUUUUUGAGAUCUGUGCAUGGUGUGUGUUCUUUGCCGUGCUGCCUGGUGAGGGGGGUUCGGGCUGCGCUCCUUUGCGGUCCGGUGGUCGUCGCUGGCCGUAGAUGCUGGAGAUUUCCCGUGUGAUGUGGAGAUUUCUGGGUGAGGAGAGGAGAUUGCAGGGGUUUGCUGCGCGCAGUGUGUGAGGGUGACUCGGAGAGGUGGGGAGGGGAGGAGGAAUUGAGAAGGGAGCGUAAACAGAAAUCCCUUGUCAUCCCCCGAGCUCCCCAGUAGCCCUGGCAGAAGCAGCUGCAGUGAAGAUCUCUUCUUGCCUCUCGACCUCUUGUUUUGCUGGUCGACUCUGCUUUUGUUAAACACUUUAAAUUUCUAUUUUCCUUUGCAUUUGGUAACUUAUUUGUAUUUACAUGCCUGCUGUUCUUUGCCUGUAUUAUUUAAUUUCAGAUUACGUCCAUGACGUGCGUCAUCUUCUGUGGGUUUAUUUAUUUUGGGUAGGGUUUUUUUUCAUAGACAGAUGCAAACGAAAAUGAAAGUUCGUAUUAAAAAUAGACACUUUUUCUGCUUCAAGGUGAAAGUUACACAAGAGCUAAAAAACAUUCAGGUUGAGCAGAUGACAAAACUUCAGGCCAAGCAUCAGGCAGAAUGUGAGCUACUUGAAGAUAUCAGAGCAUUCAGUCAGAAAAGAGCUGCAAUAGAGAAGGAAUAUGCACAGAGCAUUCAGAAGCUGGCUAGCCAGUACUUAAAGAAGGACUGGCUGGGAAUGAAAGCUGAUGAACGAAGUGAUUAUAGGAGCAUGUACUCAGUUUGGAAAUCACUUCUAGAAGGCACGAUGCAAGUGGCCCAAUCCCGACUCAAUAUCUGUGAGAACUAUAAAAACUUAAUUUCUGAACCAGCCAGGACUGUUCGGUGCUUUAAGGAGCAGCAGUUGAAGAAGUGCGUGGACCAGUUGACAAGGAUCCAAGCUGAACUACAAGAGACAGUAAAAGAUUUAGCUAAAGGCAAAAAGAAAUAUUUUGAGACUGAACAGAUGGCUCAAGCAGUGCGGGAGAAAGCUGAUAUUGAGGCCAAGUCCAAACUUAGUCUUUUCCAGUCCAGAAUAAGCCUGCAGAAGGCAAGUGUAAAGUUAAAAGCACGACGGUCCGAGUGCAAUUCCAAGGCAAUCCAUGCAAGGAAUGAUUAUCUGCUCACUUUGGCAGCUGCUAAUGCCCACCAAGAUCGUUAUUAUCAAACAGACUUAGUAAACAUUAUGAAGGCUCUUGAUGGAAAUGUAUAUGAUCACCUUAAGGAUUAUUUAAUGGCAUUCAGCAGGACUGAACUAGAGACAUGCCAAGCUGUACAAAACACAUUCCAGUUUUUACUGGAGACUUCCAGCAGGGUGGUGAGGGACUACAACCUCCAGCUGUUUUUGCAGGAGAACUCUGUGUUUCACAAACCACAGCCUUUCCAGUUCCAGCCCAGCGACAGUGACACCAGUUUUCACACAGCUCAGCUGGUGGAUAUUGAGCCCUCACCUGUCAGUGCCAUGAGAAUGACAAUUGCAGAGAGUCGACAGCUGGAGUCAGAGACCGGGACGACGGAAGAGCACAGCCUGAACAAGGAGGCUCGGAAAUGGGCCACCCGGGUGGCCCGGGAGCACAAAAACAUCAUCCACAGUCAGAGGACACUUGAAGAGCUGGAAUGCCAUGGGCCUGGGAUGUCUGAGCAAACCCGAGCAGAGCUAGAGCAGAAAAUAGAUGAAGCCAGAGAGAGUAUCCGCAAGGCUGAGGUAGUUAAGCUGAAAGCUGAAGCACGUCUUGAUCUGCUGAAGCAGAUUGGGGUGUCUGUGGAUACGUGGCUGAAAAGUGCCAUGAACCAAGUGAUGGAAGAACUGGAAAAUGAGCGCUGGGCCAGCCUGCCUUCCGUGACCAACAACGGCUCCUUGCACCUGAUUAAUGCUGAUGCAGAAAAGGAAGAAGGUGAAGAGUUUGAAGACAGCAUGGAUGUUUUUGAUGACAGUAGUUCCAGUCCUUCUGGUACCCUAAGAAAUUAUCCUCUCACCUGCAAAGUUGUUUAUUCAUAUAAGGCUUCUCAGCCAGAUGAACUGACCAUAGAGGAACACGAGGUCUUGGAAGUUAUUGAAGAUGGAGAUAUGGAAGACUGGGUAAAGGCACGGAACAAGGCAGGUCAAGUGGGUUAUGUGCCAGAGAAGUACCUGCAGUUCCCAACAUCCAGCAGCCUGCUGAGCAUGUUGCAGUCCCUUGCAGCCCUGGAUAGUCGGUCACACACCUCAAAUAACUCCACUGAGGCUGAUUUAGUCUCUGGCAGCUUGAAUGGAGACUCCAGUGUCUGUUUUGUAAAAGCACUUUAUGAUUACGAGGGCCAGACAGAUGAUGAACUGUCCUUCCCAGAAGGAGCGAUCAUCCGCAUCUUGAACAAGGAAAACCAAGAUGAUGAUGGUUUUUGGGAAGGAGAAUUCAACGGCCGUGUGGGGGUGUUCCCCUCAGUCUUAGUUGAGGAGCUCACAGCCUCAGAAAAUGGAGAGACCCAGUGGAUUGGAGACCUUCAGGUUUCCCCGACUCCGAAGCCUCACAACGCUCUCCCACCGCUGCCGCUCUAUGACCAGCCUCCCACCAGCCCCUACCACAGCCCAGAUAAAAUUGGUUCCCAGUACUUCCCCAGAUCACCAUCAACCAAUGAAAACAGCUUCAGUUCAGAGUCCCCUGGAUUCUCACAACCUCCACGAAUCCCUCCUGAAACUUCCUACGGCAAACUGCGACCUGUCCGAGCAGCUCCACCUCCCCCCACGCAGCAUCACCGCCGGGCAACGGAGAAGAUCGAGGACGUGGAAAUCACCCUGGUGUGACCAGGGGGCUGGUGAAGGAGUCGAGCUACAAUCAAGACCAAACGCCGCCUUUUGGUCAAUCUCCUUCUUGGGCACCUUUGCAUGAUGAAGACUUUGAACAGAGCAAGAGCUAGGGAGGAUUUUCUGUGGCAGUGACAUGGUGGCUUCCUUCCCAAGGUCAUGAAUAUUUUGUGCCUUUAUUUUUUGGGGGGGUUUGGUUUUGAUUUCUAGGCAUCAUUCUUCCUCUCUUGGCACAAACCAAGACGGGCCAGACAGCAGGAGCAGAGCCUUGGAGCAGGUUUCUCUCCUGGUUGAAGAUGGUCCAUUGAUUUUAUACAGAGGCAGAAGAAAGAGCCUCAUCCAUGCAACUUAGUCCCAGCAUCUUUCAAUCCCAUGCUUUAGUACAGUAUAUUACUGUUGCCAUAGGAAUGUCUUGAAGAUUGUCAGUUCCUCAAGUAGCAUCACUUGUAUUAAUCAGCUCUUUGGAAUGAAAAAGGGAACUGAAAAAUAAGUGUAAGGAGAGGCUGGCUCCUCUUUAACCCCCUUGCAGAAAGGAAGAGACAGGAUCAUCAUCUUCUCGAUAAAAAAAAACCACAACAAACCUGAUGUGGAUCAUGUGGUGUUGAUGACAUUGAUGCACAACUCUUCAAUCGUGAACAGCCAAGCAGAACUAAAUGUCCUUUGUAUGAAUAUUUAAGCAGAACAUUUAGGAAUUAGAGUCUCUGAUACGGAGGUGCUGAAGUUGUAGCAACAUCUUGUUCCAUAGCAUAAACCAACUGGUAGAAGAGUAAGUGAGAUUUUUGUCUAGACCUGGAAAUUGAGCUUCCUUUUCUUUUUUUUUCCUUACCAGAUUUUGGGGAUUUUGGUUUUCUGGUUUCUUUUUGUUUGUUCUUUUGUGGUUUUUUUUUUUCAAGUCUUUGGGUCACUCCUGUCCCAGGUAUCACCGUGUCCUUUAUUAUCCAACAUUAUAUCUUUGUCAUCAAAACAUCUGGCUAGAGUUAGGAGUUACAUUUAGAGUGUUUUACAUGCAAUAUUUAGGGUUUGUUUUUUUUCUUCUUGCAUCAGAUGGUCCUGUAACAUUUUCCCAUGUGAAGCCCCUUAACCAGCCAAAGCCAGAGCACCAGGAAAAGCUCUGGCUCCUGCAAAGCCUUCAGACCACCUCUGUGGCCAAGACUGGUCUCAAAUUACCCUUUAGGCAAGAAACAGUGUAAAAAGAACUUCAAAAUCAAUAUUCAAGGGGAGAUCUCUGCAAAAGCAGCUUUUGUUUCGAAAGAAGAGGGCAGAGGGAAUUCUGAGGUUUAACAUGGAGAGGAAGGGUGAGAGGAAAGGGGAAAAAAAAGCUGGGUGAAAACAGGGGGUUUCUUUCUGUGUCAGUGAAUGAUUUUCAGGGAUCUCCAUCAGAUCAGAGCUUCAGUCAAAAGGCAUCACAGGGUUGGUUUUUCGAGCUGUUUUGUGGGGCCUGGUGAAUGUGCUCUUAUGUCUUCAUGUGUAUCAUUUUUUUUCCUAAGCCAGGAAGUUUUCUACCUUUAGUUCACUAACAAGGGCUAUUUUUUUGAGGCUGCAUUUACAAAAAAAAACCAAAACCUACAAAAAACACCAUUAAAAAAAAAAAUCUAACAAGAUUUUCUCAUCAAGUUUGCACAUGACUUGUCAAUCCCAACCCAAGUUGGGUCUCUUGAGACAUUUGUGUUUGCCAACCUCCCUUCCCAGUGGGAUCCUUAACCAAGAGUGGGGCUGUUGGAAGAAAACAAUUCAUGGAUCAGUGAAGAAAUCACUGUCCAGUGGAGUCUUUUCCAUCUUUGUUUCAUUCUUUUUGCACCUCUUGUCCUGUUGAUCUGUUUGAGGUCUUUUUUUAACGUGUUGAUCGAACUUGUUCUUAAGUUUAAAAAAGAAGAUUUUAACUGUUUGAAAUGAAUUCUGAAAGCUUCAUGAUGCAGCAGUCAAGCAAGUUUUCUUUUGCCAUCAUGUUCAUGCUCAAUCCCUCUGGCCAGUUUUUCUGUGUCUUUCAACCCUGGGCUUUCAAAAAACGCAGAGAAGUGUUAUUUAAAGUCUCUUUAGUUGUAUUUUAAACUAUUUUCUGGAAGAGCUGCUAAUUUUAUUUAAAAGAAAACAAAACAAAAAAACCCACAAAAAAAAAACACCACACACACGACAUAAAAAAAACAGAAGAAGAAGAAAAGUUGUAAAAAAUAUUGCCUCUUUUUAACUUUGAUUUCUUCAUCCAGGGCAUGUAUUGACCUCCCAUCGUGUACAGCGUCGCUCCUCGGAAAGCAUCGGUGCUUUCUUUCUAUUGGCUGUAAAAAGUUUGUAUUUAUUAUGUAUAAAAAGUUGAAUAAUAAAAAAGUGGAACUCAAA